GCUGCUGCUGCCGCUGCUGCCGCCGCCGCCGCCUCCUCCCCACCCCCACCCUCUCUCUCGCUCCCCAUCUCUCUCUCUCCGUCCCGUUCCCCCCUGCCCCCGCCUCUCCCCGCCCUGCCGCCGGCGGCCCUGGCAGAGCAGGCACCGCAGGGGGAUCUCGAUGUAACACCAUGACAGGCAUCGCCGCCGCCUCCUUCUUCUCUAACGCCUGCAGGUUCGGGGGCUGCGGACUCCACUUCCCAACCCUGGCAGAGCUCAUCGAGCACAUCGAGGACAACCACAUCGAUACAGACCCACGUGUAUUAGAGAAACAAGAACUUCAGCAGCCAACCUAUGUUGCUUUAAGUUACAUUAACAGGUUUAUGACUGAUGCAGCUCGACGUGAGCAGGAGUCACUGAAGAAGAAGAUUCAGCCGAAACUAUCUCUGACUUUGUCAAGCACAGUGUCCCGUGGGAAUGUAUCUACUCCACCUCGCCACAGCAGUGGAAGCCUUACUCCUCCAGUCACCCCUCCAAUCACUCCCUCCUCUUCGUUUCGCAGUAGUACUCCUACAGGUAGUGAAUAUGAUGAGGAAGAAGUAGACUAUGAAGAAUCAGACAGUGAUGAAUCCUGGACCACAGAAAGUGCUAUCAGCUCUGAAGCUAUCCUUAGUUCAAUGUGCAUGAAUGGAGGGGAUGAGAAACCUUUUGCCUGUCCUGUUCCUGGAUGUAAAAAAAGAUAUAAGAAUGUGAACGGUAUAAAGUACCACGCCAAGAACGGCCACAGGACGCAAAUCCGCGUACGCAAACCCUUCAAGUGUCGUUGUGGGAAGAGUUACAAGACAGCUCAGGGCCUGCGGCACCACACAAUCAAUUUCCACCCCCCCGUGUCUGCUGAGAUUAUCAGGAAGAUGCAGCAAUAACAUGCUGGUCACAAACGUGCCAAGAAAUCCUCACCAGCAGUUGCUGAUUUUGAGAACAGCCACCUUGUUUUUUUUUUCCAGGGGAAGCACUCAGCAACCCUUUCAAACCAGUUAAAAAAAUGCAUGCUUUAAACUUUUCUGUAAUUUUGGAAUGAUGUAUCUUUGUAGAGGUAAGGAUUUUGUACAUUUGCACAUGUAAUCAUCGUACCCAUUUUCAUGACUUUUGAGAUAAGGUGCUACAAAAGCUAGAGGUUCUUCAGAACAUUUUCCUCCAAAACAAAAAUCCUGGGGAGGGGUGUGGGGGGUGGUGCAUAUUGAGUUGUACUGAAGUGUUGAACAGGAGAGAGGGGAGGAGAGCUUGGCACUUGACACCCUUUCAAGAUUGUAACGAUGCAUCUGUCAUUGUGUGUGCAAAACCAAAACGAUCCCACCCUCGUCAAACGCUAGUUAACAUGCCUUACAUAAUGGAGUUAUCAGUGGAGUAGCAAGUCUUUUAGGUAAUGGAAAUAUAAAUAAGAAAGAAUGUUUAACAUAAUAUGCUAAAAAUAUUUUCAUACUUAAAUAACAUACAUAAAAAAAAAAGGUGUGCUUGCUGUAUUUUAUAUUAUCCUGCAAAGCUUUUUAUUUCUUCUCCCUCUUGAAAUGCUGAAACCCUUGCCAUCCAAACUAGUAAACAAUCACUUUAGUGUUAGCAAUUACUGCCUUUUUUCUUUCCUUUUCCCCUUUUCAAACCAGAUGUCAGAUUCUGUUCGUGCCCAUCAGACUUUUGAGGACCAAUAUCCCAGUCCAACUAAAUAGCUACCCCUGAACUAUCUCUUAAGAAAGACACUUGGAAAUACUUAAGUGCAAAUUUAUGUGUGUGUGAGAAACCAUUAUCUUCAUCUCAGAUGAAGUUUUAAAGCACUUUGUAGUUCUCUAUUGCCAACAGAUUUAACGUUUUAUGUGUUGCCAAUUCUUGCAACUGCCGUAGGAGCAUGUGCCUGUGGUUGCAAAUAAAAAUUAGAAGUUCUACGCAUGGAUUAAGGAGGUCCAUUCUUUGUGCUAAGGGAGUUUCUGCUGCCUCUCCCUCAAGUUCAUUGUAACUGAGAUUUUUCUUUGUGCCUUUUCUUGCCCCUCCCCCCCCCCCCCUUUUUUUUCUUGCUUCUCGUUGUAGGUCACUGCAUUCCAUUUGGAAGUGUCUGUUUAGCUUUACCAUUACUUUUGCUGAACUAUGACAUAUGAGCCUUACUGAAGACUAAGUGCUUCUUGCAGCAGGUGGUCAGAGACUGACUUAAAACAAAAGCCAACAUGAGAGCUUCGUGUCUGGACCAUACCUGAGCAUUUGUUGCUUGCCAUCCUGCCUUGAGUGUUCUUCUCUCACAAGUGCUAUUGGAGUUCAGCUGGCCAGGGGUGGACUCGGGCACCCCUCGCCCUGCCCAAGCCCCAAAACAGUUCUUACAGUGAGGGUUAGGGAGGAACUCACCGUGUUGAACAGUCAUCGCCUUUGCUUAGUUCCUGUUCUCUUAAGUGCAAAAGAAAGCUCAGCUACAGGAGGACUGAGCUUUCCCUCUAGUUUUUUUUUCCCCCAAAGCUUUAAUGGAAAACUUUGUAAGGAUGACAAUUAGCUAUUCUCCAGCAGAGUAAAAAGCCUCAUUAAAACACUUGGGAAUCAUCCUAAUGUGGAAGCAUUUUGAAGGAAUCAGUAUUUCAAGUCUCAGAGAGGUGACAGCACUUGCACUGUGCAGUGCCAUCAGCCAGGUUUAAAGGAUGAUCCAGACAUGAGACCUACUGGUACACGCAGGGCCCCAGGUGGCCGCUUCCCACCUUCUGCAAUUUUGGCAACAGAUCUGGCCAACAAACAGCAUUUUGGCUCUGCUCCUAGUGCAAGAAAAUAAACUACAGGCUGGGUAAGUUCAUUCAACAGCUAAACAGUCGUAAAACGUCAUUGUUGCAUGUAAAUUCCUUUCAACUAUAAAAAUGAAAUUCCAGUUUCUAUUUACCUACUCAUUGUGACAGUAUUAUUAAACAGGUAAAGAUGGGACUAUUUUGUUAUACUGUGUAUAGUGAAUGUAUUGUACUGUGUCUGUGAAAAGUGUGCUUUAAAUUAUAUUUUCAUAUGUUUUGUUGGGGACAAAGUACUUUAAGUUUGAAAGUGACAGAGGUUUGUUUUAGAACUGAAGACGACUUAAAGAAUUCCUGUUAAGAAAGCUGCUUAUAAAUGUAAAUCAAAUCACAUUUAAAAUAAACUGCCUCUGACCUGAA